AUGUCUAAGCCACCAUUCACUCAGCAGACUGCCCAGGAGAAAGUAAAGAAAGCUCAAGAUUUGUGGAACGCCCAAAAGCCUGAAGACGUUGCAAAGGCGUACACCCCAGACUGCAUCUGGCGCAACAGAGACCACUUCUUCAGCGGAACCGAAGCCAUCAUCGACUUCCUGACCCGCAAAUGGGCGAUAGAGAAGGAGUAUCGUCUUCGCAAGGAACUAUUCGCUUUUGGCGACGACAAGAUCGCUGUGCAGUUCUGGUAUGAGUUCAAGCACGUCGAGACAGGCAAUUGGAUGAGAUGUUAUGGACUCGAAGAUUGGACAUUUGCCGAGGAUGGCAAGAUGCGCAAGCGACAGAUGAGCGGUAACAAUAUCGAGAUCAGCGAGGCCGAGCGCUGGUUCAAGGAGGGUGUUGACGUGAACUCGGUGGACAUUUCCGAAGCUCACUGGUAG